CCGGAAUUCUCUGUGUCUUGUUCACAGUCAAAGCCAACACAGAGCUCUUUUUAUUCAACGAGCUCUAAAAGGAUACUCUUGGUUCUUUGACCCUCCUUAUAACUGGAGAUCAAAGACUGGGAUAAACUUGAUCGUUGAAGUUCAACCAUGUGAUUGUUUGCGAACAAAGAAAGGGAUACCAAACAUAAGACGGUCCAUACCCAAUUUACAGGAAUGUCUAUAAUCGUUCGAUACCGUUUACUCUCAUCACAAUAUACGCCAAUUACUACGUUAUUUUACAGCUAACCUCAGGUGUUUGAGACACAUCUACAACGACCUAGCUAUUAGGUAGACAACCCUUAAUAAUUAGCUGACCCGUAUUGAAAAGUAAAUAUUUCGUAUUUCGACAAGAUGCGCCGCGACUCUGCAAUGACGAGAUUUUUCAACGAGCUCCCAAGCAUCGUUUGUAUCGCUACGUUACUUGGCUGCUUUUACUUCACCCUUUUCCACGUUUCCACAUACUUUCUCACCCCGGAGCAUCCUACAGUGAAGGAAUUCUCUCGUCGGCUCAAGACAGAAGGGCCUGAGAGUGCGCAACAGUUCCUGAGGGAAGGUCUUCCCCCAGACUCUCUUGACUACUAUGAAGUCCUCGACAUUCCACGGUUCUCGCCGAUUGAAACCGUGAAAAAGGCAUAUCGCGAGAAGUUAACGAUAUAUCAUCCCGAUAAGUUUGAGGGCGACGAAGAAGAAGCGAACAUGAAAACACACCGAGCAAGAGAAGCCUACCAAGUUCUCACAAGCAAGGACCGCUGCAUGUACGACUUUGGCCUUGGCUCGGGUAUACGCCGUUUUGCCGACUGCAACCAAGUAUGGAUCGACAGAGAAGCCGAGACGUUCAACGAAAAGCGGAAAGAAGCAAAAGAGAGGAGGGAAGCACAGAAGAAAAACCCGGCGGGGAGACAAGAAAAACCACAGGAGCAGGAGAGUGUCCAGGAGCAAGAAAAGCCACAGAGACAAGAAACAGAAACCAGGGGAAAGCCCGUCGCAACUGGAACAAAUGACGUCGCAGGACCUGUUGUUACAAGUGGACAGAAGCUUGUUCAAAAGGUUAAAGAUAUCGGCGUAGCUGCUAAAACUGCUGUUCUUUUUGUCGUGGGGUGGAUUGUUGUACAUUUUGGAAGGGGAACUCCUAUCAGAUUCCGCUAGGUUUGGAAGUCUUGGAUUACAUGACGAUAGUUAGUGUAAGAUUAUGCUAUGAUCAAAAUAGAUAUAGGGUUGCCUUAUUAAAGUGCGGUAUUGAGUGGCGGUAUGGUAGACGGAUUGCCAGUUUGUUCUCGUCAUUCAAAUCGAGAAUUCUGUAAGACCAACUAGGUCUUGGAAGAAUCUUUCAAUUGGCACUGGAUGUAGUUGCAUCUAGUUAUACAUAAUCUAGUUACUUCACUUUUGCUAUUGGCUUUGAAUUUGAGUACCUAAUAUUAGGUAAAUACCUGUAAAUACCUGUAAAUACCAAGUACAGCCUUCUGAUGAUGAAUAUCAAUUCCACUUUGUUCUGCU